AUGGACAGCAUCCUCAACUACAACCAAGCCCAGCAGGGCCAGAACCAGUCGGCUCAGCAGCAGCAGCAGCAGGGUGGGCUCGGCGGGGGCCUGAUGGACCUUGCGUCCCAGCUCAUGGGCCAGAGCGGCGGCGGCUUCGACCUCAAGGCGCUCCUCGCCGGAGCCAACAUGCAGCACGGCAACCCUCACGACCUCGAGAAGCCCAUGACCAACGUCCUCAGCUCGAUCCAGACGGUGCAGAGGCCCGACGCUGCCGUCGACGAGAGCGCUCUCGCCCAGGCACACCAGCAAGCUUACAACAACGGUCACGCCAACCCGACCCAGGCUCACCAGCUCUCCACCGAGGGCAUGGGCGCCGCCGCCGCAAUCCAGGCGUUCAAGGACUUUGCCGGCGCUGGCACCCGCCAGGCGCAGGAGGGGCCGGGUCACCAGAGCCUCAUCUCCAAGCUCCUCGGCAUGGCCAUGUCUGAGGCUGUCAAGCUCUUCCAGAAGUCCGGCGGUGCGGCCGACGGCGGGUCUGAAGCAGACGUGAUGAGUGCUGCUGGGCAGGCUCUCAUGAAGCUGCUCAUCCAGAACCAGGUGCAGGGCGCGCUCGGCGGCGGCACCGGCUCGGGAGGGAACGGCCCAAACAUUGGCCAGCUUAUGAGCAUUGCGUCCAAGUUCAUGGCCAAGUGA